GGGUGAUGGGAGUGCUCACAUGUGAAGAGUGAGAAAAUAUUUGCAAUACCAAGAAAAUAAUAAUAAUAAAAAAAGUAAAAAGAAAUAAUCAAAUGAUAGCUGCUAUUCUAGUGACCUUUCCAAAGUGUCUUUCCUAGUCAAUUUCUUUCACAACUCUUUAGUCUUUAGUCUUAAGUCUUAGUCUUUAUACUUCUUUCUCAGUUUCUUCUUCCUCAGCUGCUACAGUGCCACUAUCACAGAGUAAUCGUUCAUGGCAUCUUCCCCAUCAUCCUUGAAAGCUCAAAAUUCUAACAAAAGUACACACAGUGAAGCUUCUACAUCACCACCUCCUAUUUCUUCACAAGAUCAUUUUCAAGAUGAUGACUCUGGUUUUCAAACAGCUCCUUCUUCUCCCACGCCAGAACCAGCUGUGCCUCCUCCCAAUUCCUCUACUUUUCCGGUAGAUGUUUCACCCCAAAGCGGAACUUCAACUCAAAUCUCUCCUCCUCCUCCGACCCAGACUAUCAAACCCUCUUCCUCUCUUCCUGCCCUACUACAUGAGAGAGAUGCUCUCCCAAGCCACCAUUUGCUCAAAAUUAAGUCCUUUUCAACACUUUUGAAAUCUCCCAUAGAAAAAUUCAGUAAUGAUUUUAAAGCUGGGGGCUACGAAUGGAACUUUACUAUAUACCCAAAUGGGGACAAGAACAAAGAUGGAGAAAACUAUAUAUCUGUCUACUUGGAAAUAGUGGAAACAAGUAAUCUUCCUGCUGGUUGGGAAGUCAAUGCUAUCUUUAAUUUCUUUAUAUUUGAUCAUAUUCGCGAUAAAUAUGUUGGUCUCCAAGAUACGACAGUAAAGCGAUUCCAUUUUAUGAAGACACAAUGGGGUGUCGUCAAGUUUAUUGAUCUUGAAACAUUUAACAAUCCAUGCAAUGGUUACCUUGUUAAUGACACAUGUGGUUUUGGUGUUGAGGUUUUUGUGGUUAAAACUACAUCGAAAGCGCAGUGUUUUAGUUUGAUAAACAAGCCUGUGACUUAUCAGGUCGGUUGGGUUUUUAGUAAUGUGAUAAAAACAACAGUCGAACGUUAUAUAACUGAGUACUCUGUUUUUGGAGAUUACAAAUGGAGGCUGCUGUUUUUUCCUAAAGGAUACCAAGUAGAAGGCAAUAAGAUCAACAAUAUCAUAUCAAUAUUUCUUGAUGUAGAUAAUUCAACUCUUUCUGCUGGCUCUAAGCUACUUGUGCAUUUCACUAUUCGAUUGGAAGACAAAAAGAAAAAUAGCAACCAUUUUGAACGAAGCGAUACCACUGCACUUGGUUCCGGUGCUCGGGGAUUUCGUAAUUUUAUGUCAGAAACUAAGUUCAAAGACCCAGAAAAUGGAUUUGUGGUGGAUGACAAAUGCCAUAUAAGUGUAGAAUUUGAAGUACUUGGUGUAGUAACACUAGAAUAAUCAAUGUAGCUUGUCGGUUUUACAUUUUUCUUUUGGAUGUAACGUUAUGCAUAACUUUUCAAUAUAAUUACCCGUUUGUUGUUUGGAUUCAAAUGUAAAAUAGAAUAUAUAUUUGUUAGAGUCACACAUGGAAAGAUAAUAGUAUGAUCUAUUCACUAUUUCUCUUAUUAUUAAUUAGUUUGAAAUGGAAUUCUAUAAGUCAAAAACAAACUCUAACCAUAUAGUCACCUUCAACCUAAAUUCUAACUUGCUACAACAUUGUUAAUAUGUGAAAAUAUAAUAACUUAUAAAAAGUUUAAAGUAAUUUACGGCAUAAAUACCUAAGUUUGUCUUGCAGUUGCAGAUUAAUACCUAAGUAAAAAUUUUGGCGAUAAAAAUAAGUUCUGGAACUUCUGUAGGUACCUCAACCUUAAGUGACAGAUCAUUACACACGUGGCAGUAUCUUAUUGAUCCACAUCAUUAAUUUUUAUUAUUUUUUAAAAUUUCAUAUAAAAUUAUAUAAAAAGAAAUUAAAGAUUAAAAAAAAUACUAAAAACUUAAAAUUAAUAAAAACAUAAUUUUUUAAACAGAUAAAAAAACAUUAAUUAAUAAAAUAAAAGAUUAAAAACUAAAUCAAAAUUUGAAAAGUAAAUGAACUAAACCUAAAUGACCAAACCCUAUCGUUAUCCCAGAUUCACUAACCCAUCCCUCUUUUUCUUCCUUCUUCUUCUUUUCUUCUUCUACAGCUCAGAUCAAUCCAGAACAAAUAAACUAAACCAUUUCAUCCUUUUCAUUUUGCGAAGGUUCUGUCGGGCACGAGAUUUUUUGAGUUGUGUCAGAUGGAUUUCUGUUUGCUCUUCAGCGUUGGUAGCGAGAUCUGGUGUUGGUAUCGCUAACAUCGGCAGCAACACCAACAAUGGCAGCGGAGGGAGAAUGGCUGACCGAGAUCACCGAUAGUACCGAGAACAAUAACAUACCGAUUCGGAGGAGAAAUCACAGCGGAGGAGUUGGCCUUUGGCGAUGGAGGAGGUUGAGGAGAAAUUACGGCAGAGGACUUCGACAUGGCCUCAUUUUCUGGCUGUGGAGAUAGAGAGAGAAAAUGGGUUUGAAUUUUUUUUUUAAUUAUUUAUCAAAGAAAAAGGGUUAAUGUAUUUAGAUUUGGGGUAUAUUUAGAUCUAUCAUUUUUUUAGAGGAACUUUGUUUGUUGCAUACAGAUAUAGAUCUAAAUUACAUUGAUUCAUCUUCAA